AUGCGGUGUGGUUGUGCGCGGGCGUGCCAGCACGGUCUACCGUGCGUCGAGAUGGUGAUGAGUUCGACUCCUAAUCAAACGAUUGUGACCGAGAGAGGAACUGAUCUCGGCCGUCAGGUUUUAGGCAGUGCUCCAGCGCGUUGCUCAGAAAGCGACAGUCAUAUAUAUGGGGUGAAUGAGAUGAUAACAGAGAUGGUGCUCCAGCGCCUUGAAAACCAAGGUCUUGAGCUUCGUAUUUAUAGGAGGAGUCCUGGAGGGACAAUCGAGGCCGAAAAGACCUACUUGGUGGAGCCUAAUCGGGGCAACUGGGUAGUCAAAUCGGCAUUUGGGAUCGUGAAGCAUGGUGGUGUGACCUCCAUAAAUCCUGGUAAAUCUCGGCCACUGCCCUGA